AUGGCCACCAGCCUUGCAGCGCCGUGCUCCAUGGACUCUUGUGCUUCCUCGCGCCUCAGCUCCGUGCUCGAGUGCGCCGGGCGAUCGGUCCCUCGUUGGGAGAGGGAUAAAGUUCGGGGUCUUUACGGAAACCCCGGACCCGAGUCCCGUCCUCGGGCGGGAGCCGGUUCCCCCUCCCCGGAGAAGCCGCAAGGUUUCCUGAGCCCACACCUGGAAAAGCACCCCGAGAUCGGUGCCUGGAGAGGAGCGGCUUUAUUACUGCCAUUAGACAGGGGCAAAGAUUUUAACCGCCCGUUAUCUCCGCUGCUAUGGCUUCGGGAGGAUGCGACCGGGAUCAGCCGCUGCCCCUGCCCCCGGGACCGGGCGGGGAAGCCCCGCAGCCUCAGGGAGGGCUGCCGGGGAGAGCCGGUGCCCCGGUUCCCGCUGGUGAAUCCGGGGGGCAGAGGGCACGACGGGGAUCCCCCGCCCACCCGCGGCUUCCCUGGGGAAGAUGCCCUCGGGGGAGCCCGCACCACGGGACAACCGGGGCUCUCCGGGUCCAAAGCCUCCGGGGAGCCGAACCCCCCAGGGACAGCGUGUGUGCGGUCGUCCCCCCUCCCCCAACCCCGGCGGCCGCACUCCCGGGCCCGGGAACGGCACCAAGGCCCCGCCGGCCCUAUCUCCUCCGGGACCCCGCAUCCCACCGGGGGCCGAGCAACCGGGGCCCGCCGCCCGCGCACAGCGCGGAACCGCCCGCCCCGUGGAGCGGGAAUGGGUCACCCCCGAGGCCCCGGUCCCGGUCCCCGCCGCCCGCGGUACCUGCCGCCGCCCGGUGCCGGUCCCCGCCGGAAGCAGACCCCGCCGCGAAACCGCUUCCGGCCCCGCGCGCAGCCCCGCCGCUACCUCUGA